GUGGACACAACUGGCCACGGUCCCGUCUCCUCGCGGCGUCGUGGUUCUCCCUAUUCCAAACCAGCCGAGCCCGAGCACAUUCGCCUGGUCCACUCCAGUCGUCGCCCGCUCGUUCGUGCGGGAAAGCCGGAGGCGGCCUUGGAGCGAGGCCGAGCCGCAGAGAAACCCCCAAGGAGAGGGCCGCAUCGCGCGAUCAAAAGCGGCGACGAUUCCGCAGCAAGUCCCGACCCAAUCCGCCUUAUCCAGCCACCCAGAGUCCCAGACCCAGGUACUGAAUCUCGAAGCUUAUCGCGGCCUCUGUUUCCUGCACCUCUGUCGAGCUCUGCAAGCCAAGAGAAGGGAGGUUGAAGACGGCGAGGCUGGGAGUGCAGGGUUCCUGGAGGCGUGUCGCGGGCUUGGCGGUGCCUACUCUCGGAGCUGCUGCUGCUGCUUCCACCUCUCCCCGGCUCGCUGGUCGAUUGGAGCGGCUAGAGGAGGGAUGGACGGGAGUUUCGGGCCCCAGGAGCGGAUUCUGUGGCCGGCGUCGGUUCUUGCCGGCGUCGUCAUGUGCGGCGUUGCAUAUGAGAUGACUCGUAAGGUUAGCUCUCGAUGCUUCAAAGGCUACAGUAGGUUAAGUCACAUGCAAAAGGUUGAGUGGAACAACAGGGCUUUCUCUACGUUCCAUGCAUUGGUUGCUGCAGCCAUUUCUUUUUACUUGGUCGUGAUCUCAGACCUCUUUAAUGAAGAUGUCAAUAAUGGCGUAAUAAUUGAUAGGAAGUCAUGGUUAUCUGAUGCCAUGUUCGGGGUUUCGAUUGGUUAUUUUUUGAUAGACUUGGCGAUGAUCCUCUGGUAUUUUCCUUCUUUGGGUGGAAAGGAGUAUCUUUUGCAUCAUGGACUUUCCAUGUAUGCAAUUGGUCUUGCUUUGUUGAGUGGCAAAGCUCACAUGUACAUACUCAUGGUCCUCUUCACCGAAGUCACCACUCCCUUUGUGAACCUCAGAUGGUAUCUAGAUGUUUCUGGCCAGAAGAAUUGUAACCUUUACUUAUACAAUGGUGUGGCUUUAUUUGUUGGAUGGCUGGUUGCUCGGAUUAUCUUAUUUGUGUACUUAUUUGCCCAUUUGUAUUUUCGUUAUGACCAGGCGAGGUCCAUCUUCACCUUAGGAUUCUACAGCUUGGUGGCAGUGCCAUCGGCGGUGUCGGUAAUGAACGUGUUUUGGUUCUGGAAGAUACUCAAGGGGAUGGUGAAAACCCUGUCCACGAGGAGGAAGCACAGUGAAAACGGGAAAACAAAUUAGAAGGAAGCCUGCUUCUGACUUUAUAUUCGUAUAAGUGAUUCCUUUUCUUUCUAGAUCUACAGUUAUUUAUCUGUACGUGCAGAAGGGUACUUUUUUCACUAUUAUUUUUCUCAAAGCCUGCGAUCAAAGUCUGCAUUCUGCGACUCUGAAUCCUGGCAACAAUACUAUGCCCAUGACACUUCAAAAAAAAAAAACUAUGCCCAUGACGGCAUAUACAACUGUACAGAAGCAGUAUUAUUUUGGCCACUCAUCA